AUGGUGCGCGGAAACAGAGGAGGAAAGCAAGGUGGACAAAGACAUGCGAAAGCAGGCAAAAGAAAUUUUGAAAAAGAUCGUCCUAAAUUCAAAAAAGGCCCAAGAAAAGAAGGAAAAUUUAAUAAAGGGCGUGGAAAGCCAGGGAAAAAGUUCGGGAAGAAAAAAUUCACUAGCCCCCUCUAGCCAUUAGACAUUAAUAUAACCUAUUUAUUUUUUAAGAAAUAUUUUGUGUCUUUAUACAAAUUCAAAUUAUUUAUUUUAUAUAUAAUCAAGUUGGGGAGUAAGAAGGAAGUCAGCGAAGAUCAGCUAGAUAGAGAACUUGAAAACUACUGGGGCAAUGAAGCAGGAUCCAAGCAUCUUGAUCAAGAAAUGGACGACUACUGGAGUAAAAAGCCGAGUAAAACAGAUUAA